AUGACCAGAUCUCAAAAUCCAGAAUUAUUGGAUUUUGACCCAGAAAUUGAGAGAACCUUUAGAAGAUGUAGAAGAGAAAGACGGGUAAGACAAAAAGUUGCCAUGGAAGAUAACAUCAACUAUCAGCGAGCUCUUCGUGAUUAUGAUAUACCUACUGUACAUGAUGGUUAUUCUAGUGUAGUGAGGCCCGCUGUGGUUGCUAAUAAUUUUGAGAUUAAACUUUCUAUUGUUCAAAUGGUGCAACAAAACCAAUUUGGAGGGUUAGAAAAUGAAGAUCCACAUGUUCACUUGUCACAUUUCUCUCAUAUAUGUGACACCUUUAAAAUGAAUGGGGUUUCUGAAGAUGCAAUCAAAUUAACGCUAUUUCCAUUUUCUUUGAAGGAUAGGGCAACAUCUUGGUUAGAUUCUAGGGCACCUGGUGCAUUCACUACUUGGCAAACACUUUCUGAAGCUUUCCUUGCAAAAUAUUUUCCACCUGGUAAAACGGUCAAAUUAAGAAAUGAGAUUGCCACUUUUUGCCAAAGGGAUGAUGAGUUUUUAUAUGAAGCUUGGGAAAGGUUCAAAGAUCUACAGAGACAAUGUCCCUAUCAUGGUUUGCCUGACUGGCUAGUUUUUCAAACUUUCUAUAAUGGUCUUUCUCACUCGUUGAAAAGUAUUUUGGAUGCAGCUGCUAAUGGGUCAUUAAUGAGUAAAACAUUCGACAUGGCUUUGCACUUGAUUGAAGAAAUGGCUUCUAACAGUUGUCGAUGGCCUAAUGAUAGAGCUAGUCAAAGAAGACAUUUAGGAGUACAUGAAGUGGAUGGAAUUACUAUGGUGAAUGCUAAGUUGGAUGCAUUGACAAAGAAAUUGGAGAGAUUAGAUAUGAAGGUUAUAAAAACUUCUAGUUGUGAGAAUUGUGGAGGGGAUCAUGCGAGCUUUGAAUGUCAAAUGGGUACCCACUAUACACAUAAGCCUACAAAUGAGCAAGUGAAUUUUCUCAAUUACAACCAAAGGGGACAGGGUAAUCCUUACUCAAAUACAUAUAACCCAGGCUGGAAGAACCACCCAAACUUUGCAUGGUCAAACCAAGCCAAUACUUCUAACCCAAACCAGAAUUUUAAGCAGCCACCUCCAGGAUUCCAAGCUAGAAACACUAACCCUUAA